UCCAAAUAUUGCAGGAAUUAAUUUGUGAGCAGUCAGAUAGCAUUUCAUCAUCAGAAUCAUCAGAAAGCAUGGGUGUUCUUGCAGCCGUUGCUAAAAAUUUGGACACAUUAAUCGGGCCAGGAGUGAUGCUUCUUUAUCCUUUGUAUGCAUCAAUGCGAGCAAUCGAGAGCCCUUCUGCACUAGACGAUCAACAGUGGCUAACGUAUUGGGUUAUAUAUUCCUUCAUAACAUUAUUCGAGCUAUCCUGCUGGAAAGUCUUGGCUUGGAUCCCAAUAUGGCCGUAUAUGAAGCUGCUGUUUUGCAUGUGGUUGGUGUUGCCAUUUUACAAUGGGGCAGCCUAUAUUUAUGAGAACAUUGUGAGAAAAUAUGUGAAGCUUGGAGGGUAUAUGGUGAGCUCAAACAAGCCUGAGGGUCAGAAGAAGGUCCUCCAAAUGAUGAGCCUGGAUGCAAGGAGGUCCGUUGAGCGUUUCAUCGAUCAACAUGGUAUUGAUGCUUUCGAAAGAGUCGUCAAAGCCGCUGAAAAAGAAGCUAGGAAGUACUGAGGAGAUGCUGCAAAGACAUCUGGUCUUCUUUUUUUUUUUCUUUUUUUUAUAUUAUAUAAUAUGUAAAUGUGAAAACUGUAAGAAACAAUGAAAUUCAAUGAUAUAUAUAUAUAUAUAAUAUAUAUAUGCAUGGAUUAAAUACAGCACUUGUUCUUGAUGCGCUGUGUUUUAUGUCAUG